UGUUCUGACUUUUUUAGGCACUUCGUCUCAGUAAUGUAGCUAUGGCAAAAACUACCACUGGUCAAAUAGUAAAUCUUCUGUCAAAUGAUGUGAACAAGUUUGAUCAGGUAACGAUUUUCUUGCACUUCUUGUGGGCUGGACCAAUUCAAGCUGUAGCAGUAACAGUACUUCUCUGGAUGGAGAUAGGCCCAUCAUGUCUUGCAGGAAUGGCCGUUCUGAUUAUUCUUCUUCCUGUCCAGACCUGCAUUGGGAGGCUUUUUUCUUCCCUGAGAAGCAAGACAGCUGCCUUAACAGAUGUCAGAAUUAGGACCAUGAAUGAAGUCAUAAGCGGUAUGAAGAUAAUAAAGAUGUAUGCUUGGGAAAAAUCGUUUGCGGAACUUGUGAAUGGUUUAAGAAGGAAGGAGAUUGCCAUGAUUAUGAAAAGCUCCUACCUCCGAGGACUGAACUUAGCCUCCUUCUUUGUGGCAAGCAAAAUCACAGUGUUCAUGACUUUCAUGGCAUAUGUACUACUUGGCAAUGUUAUCUCUGCAAGUCGGGUGUUUGUUGCAGUGUCCCUGUAUGGCGCAGUAAGGCUGACAGUAACGCUGUUCUUCCCUGCAGCUGUUGAGAGAGUAUCUGAGGCAGUGGUUAGCAUACGACGAAUCAAGAACUUUCUGAUACUUGAUGAGGUCUCCCACUUCAAGCCACAACUGCACAGUAAUAAUGAGAAUGUCAUUCUUCAUGUUCAGGAUCUGACUUGCUAUUGGGAUAAGAAUUUAGAAAGCCCAGCACUUCAACAAAUUUCUUUUACUGUCAGACGAGGGGAAUUACUGGCUGUGAUUGGUCCUGUAGGAGCUGGAAAAUCUUCGCUCUUGAGUGCUGUGCUUGGUGAGCUGCCUAAAGACAAAGGUUUGAUAAAUGCUACUGGAAGAAUUGCCUAUGUUUCUCAGCAGCCUUGGGUGUUUUCCGGUACAGUAAGAAGUAAUAUACUGUUUGAUAAGGAAUAUGAGAAAGAAAAAUACGAAAAAGUUUUAAAAGUCUGUGCUCUUAAAAAGGACUUGGAAUUAUUAGCAAAUGGGGACCUAACAGUAAUAGGAGAUCGUGGAGCUACGCUGAGUGGGGGGCAGAAGGCCCGUGUAAAUCUGGCCAGAGCUGUGUAUCAGGAUGCAGACAUCUAUCUUUUGGAUGAUCCACUGAGUGCAGUAGAUGCUGAAGUUGGAAGACAUUUGUUUGAAAAAUGUAUUUGUCAGGCCUUACAUCAAAAGAUCUCUGUGUUAGUCACUCACCAGUUACAGUACCUCCGUGCUGCAAAUCAGAUUCUAAUUCUGAAAGAUGGUAAAAUGGUGGGGAAAGGUACCUAUUCAGAGUUCCUGAGAUCUGGCAUCGACUUUGCUUCCCUUUUGAAAAAAGAUGAAGAGGUAGAACAGCCAUCGGUUCCAGGAACCCCCAACCUGAAGUCUGCGCGGAGCCGAACCUUCUCGGAGUCCUCCGUCUGGUCCCAGGAUUCUUCUGUCCACUCACAGAAAGAUGGAGCAGUGGAACAACAACCUGCUGAAAAUGCGCUGGCUGCAGUGCCAGAGGAGAGUCGCUCUGAGGGAAAAAUAACCUUUAAGAUUUACAGAAAAUAUUUUACUGCAGGAGCAAACUACUUUGUGAUCUUUAUGCUUAUAGUAUUCAAUAUUUUGGCACAGGUGGCAUAUGUGCUCCAGGACUGGUGGCUUUCUUACUGGGCACAUCAUCAAGAAAAGUUGAAUGUCACAACAAAUGGAAAUAAUGGAGCAAAUGAGACUGAGCAUCUAGACCUUAACUUUUAUUUGGGAAUUUAUGCAGGUUUAACGGUGGCUACGAUACUGUUUGGCAUAAUAAGAAGUCUUCUGGUGUUUCAAGUUCUUGUUAAUUCUGGUCAGACCUUGCACAACAGAAUGUUUCAAUCCAUUUUGAGAGCUCCUGUCUUGUUCUUUGACAGAAAUCCUAUAGGUAAGUAUAAUAGUAAAAAAUCCCCAAACCUUUAA